CGUCGGCCUGCGGCGCCAAUGCGCCGGCAGCCCGUGCGGGCCGACGGGGCCAUGGCCGCCGAGGCGCCGCCGUGCGCCCUGCUCGCCGCCCUGCUCGCGGCUGUGCUCGCGCCGGCGUGGUCCUCGCCGGCGCCGCCGACGGUGCGCACUCUCUCUGGGCCCGUCAGCGGGGUGGAGAUCGGUGGCCGCUACGCGUUCCGCGGGGUGCCGUACGCGGAGAGCCCCCCGUGGGCGACCUGCGCUUCCGGCCACCGCAGCCGCACGCGGGGUGGUCAGGAGUGCUGUCCGCGACGGACUUCGGCCCCAGCUGCCCGCAGUACACGGGCGGCUGCUGGCACACCCAAAACGCGUCGCGGGUGA